AACGUAAGGCUGGAAUUGGAAAACAGUCAUGUCCGACAUAAAUAAAGGAGAUGUGCAAAAGAAACGACGUAGGCCACAUACUAGAGCCUCCAAAGCCUGCACCUUUUGUCGGCAGCAGAAGACUAGAUGCCUACGUUCGGGAUCAUCAGUUGCGUGUUUGCGGUGCAUAUCCCUAAAUCUCAAAUGCUCAUUGACCGAGGAAGUAGAUUCAGACAUCCAUAAACAGUCUCCUACGUCUCCGUUUUUGUCGUCCCCUCAAAAGAUGCAAACUCAGCCUGUCUCUCAACACUCUUCCCACGAACAACAACAACUACCGCCGCAGCAAGUAAAUGUUCCUCCAAAUCUUGCACAGUCUCAACUUAGGGCAAUCAAUUCUUUUAUGCCAUCAAAAAGCUCUUCCCCGCAACCCCAGAUUCAAUCUAAUAUUCAACCAAACUCAUACGAAUUCAGCCCUCAAAUGCUGCCAUCUAUUAACUCACCAAUAACCAAUAUGCUGUAUGAUAGAUUCCAGCCUUCUAAUCAGCAAUUUCAGCAGCGUUAUGUACCCACCACUGCAAGCAACAACAGAGGUAACGGUAUUACUCAAUCUCAUGAAAUGAUCCCACAAUUACUUCCACAUGUACCACUGUCAAACUCCCCACCCAGACUUUCACAAGCAUUCAUACCACCUUCACCUAUUCCCACGUUCAAUGCAGACCUAGAAACAGAGAGCAAAAUUGACACGAUUUAUGCUAAUGUUAAACAAAUUCUUAAUGAACUAGGUUCCAAUCCGAGAAAUCAGGGUUAUUCCCCUGGUGUGAAUUCUUCUAUGCUAACUGAGGCUCUCCCAAUAAUGAAGGAACCUGUCAAUACAACAAAUAUUGCAACUCAACAUCACCUAUUGUCACCAAUUAAUUUUAUGAAGCUGAUUACAGAACAAGAGAAUAAUGAUGAUUCAAAUAACGAUUCUUUAACUCAAAAUAACUCAGCAGACAUCACGAAGCCUUCACCAAGCAACUUGCUGGAAAAGCAACAGCAAACUGAAUCAUUCUCGCUACCGUUGAGUAUUUUGCAACAGCUUUAUCCGCUACACACUUUUCGGCCUCAUUAUCAAGACGUUAUAUCUACUAAUAUCAUAACUGUAGAUCAAGCCAUUCAGCUACUAGAUAUUUUUCGAGAUAGGUAUGGUAGAUGGCUCUCUUUUCCUACAAUGACAUCUACUAAAAGAUUACUCAAGAGGUUUAGAAACAGAUGUCCGCUGCUUUUGACAGUAAGUUGUUUAUUAAGUCUUAAGUAUGGAGAUCCAUUAUUGAAGCAAAAAAUUUGGAGUAAACUUUGUUCCAUAGUGAGAAAAGAAGUGCAUUGGUUGAGCUCUUCCUAUUCAGGAGGUCUUGAGGAGUUGCAAUGCUUGGUCAUUCUAGGGGCAUAUUGCAUAGGUUUAAGUGAUUCAAGUUUUCAGGCGGCUGAAGAGAGCCAUACAAAUACCGAUGAUGAAGAAAAGAAGAUCAGCAAUGAUGGUGAACCUUUAUUGUUGUUAGAUGGUUGGCAUUUGAGUGGAAUAGGGCUCACUCUUUUUGAAAAACUAAAUGGAUAUGGAAUUCUCGACCAAAUGUAUGGGGAUGAGAUUGAAAUAUUAUGGCAGAAUAACAAACGGAAAAUUGAAGCUAAAUUGGGAAAGCAAGUGGAGCCUCCGUUGCAUGAUGGUGACACUCCUACGGAUAAAAUUCAUUUGCAUGAGCAUGAGGAAGAAGAAGAUGAUGAUGAUGAUGAAUUCAAUUUACUUACCCUUCACAGGAUAUGGAAUACUCUUGUUUUGAUUCAAUUAGCUUAUUGCUUAUUAGAUGGCCGAAAAGCAUGGGUUGGAAUUGAAAAACUAAAACCUAGACAAGUAUCAAAUAUACCAAGUGCAACUAACUUCGACUUCCGAAUCAUUAGUGAGAUUCACAUGUAUUUGAUUGGGUAUCGUUAUAUUAUGCUUAAUGAAACGUAUGACAAAGCAAAUAAGGAUAUAAAACUUUGGUUAGAUAAAUGGGGUAGUACAUUUGGUCAACCUUCUAAUCAAUUUGUGGAAAUCGAUUACCAUUUUGUGGGAGUUCUUAUAAAAAUCAAACAGUUGAAACUAGAUGUGAGCUCUUUGGAUUUUUUACACCCGACAUCAGAAACUGGAAUGAAGGAUGUUAUUGACAUUAAAAUGCACGCACACUCUAUCAUCAAUUUGAUUGAUACAGUUAGUGAUGACUCAUAUUUUGCUUUCUUAAGUGAUCAAAUCCAUUUGACCGUUUUUUACGCAACUAACAUUUUGAUAUGUAUAUUAUCUGCGAUGGAAAAGUUAAAACAUAAUGCAGAGGAAUCAGAGGUUGAAACAAAUCAGCACAGUGUUCUUGAUAAGGAGAUAAUCAAGAAAGUUGAAAAAUUGAUUUUCAGAUAUAGGACUGUUGCGGCUACGAAAAAUGACACCUUUUACAAGUAUUAUAACAUUCUUCACAACAUGUUUACCACUAAGUUAAGAAACCAAUAAAACAGAAACUCAGUUUGUAUAAUUUCUAUUUUUGUAUAAUCAGCGUGUAUACUACAGUACUUACAAUUAUUGAAACUACGAUAAAAGAGAAAUUGAAAGUUCAGACUGACAUGCAAAUCGUUUUGUUUUGGCAUAUCAUUGUAUUAAUCAAAGAAAAAUACUCCAAAACUAGGUAUAGUAUCAUCAUCAAAAUAGAAAAGACAAAGUAAAAGCAGUUUACAAAUCCUCAUAAAACCUUUCUCCUGAAGAGGCAAGUAGAAGAAAUGAAGAAAAAAGGAACAAAAAAAGAUGUUGUGGUUUUCAUUGUUUCAGUGAAACGGCUGGUUUAGAGCCAGGUAUUGUCAUCAAACAUCCAACUCAAUAGAGAGGAUUACAGUUGACCG